AAUCACAGCAGGCAGGUCCCUAUGCCAGAGAUUUCUGAGUUUUCACCACAAGGGCAGUAUGCUUCUAGCAGCAUUUUAGAUGAAGUUGGUGGUAAAGAUGAUGAAUCGUCAUCGAACGCGUUGAAAACACGAAGUCUUCCAGCAUGGGUCCGCUCAAAACCGAGACCUCUGUCGACUGAAGAUGAUUUGAACGAUUUGUACGCUAAAGUUAAUUUUAGCAAAAAACGGAAAAAUCGAAUGCGAAACGACGAAGCCGCAAUCAUAGCGCUGAGCAAAUCACAAUAUCUGCACAAAGACACUGACACGUUGGUCGAUAACGAAGCAGUGAUUGUUUAUGACGAACGAACGGCCUUAUAAACGAAACAUAAAGCCUAUUUUACUAAAAUGCGACGAAAAAAUAAGAUAGUAUUGACCACGUGUACACCACGUGACUGAUAUUCGUAAAUAUUUUAAUGUUUGAUGUCAACUUUUAAAUCGCAAUGAACUUAAUCAAGUUAAUUAAUCGAAGGCAGAAAAUAUCACUUUUCAUAUCUUUACAUGAAAAUUAAAUGACGAAUUUUGAAGCGAAUUGAAUUGCUACGUGAAAGACUUGCAGAUUGACAAAUAAGAAAUAUUUAUAAUGUACUUUACAAAUGCGAACGAAUUUGUCAGGUUUUAUCAAUCACCUUAAUUAAAGUAGCAUUAUCAUAAACAUGUACACAUACAAAUAUCAAGUAGACAAAAAUAACAUAUUUUCUCGCAACAUUCAGUAAAAACUUUACUCUAAUAUUGAAAAUAUCGAAAUAUAUUGUGACUCUGAAUAUUGAAAAUACGUUUAAUAGUAUCAUUGUUUUAUAGACUAGUAGUUAAUAGAAACCCAAAUUCUGUGAUAAUUAUUUAACCGUUUACUAAAGCGUAAUUCUCUUCAUAGUAUCUUGCAAAUAACCAAAUUUCGUGUAAGUUUAACAACACUGAAGCUUUGUCUUCAAGUGCAAACUACAAAAUUCAGGCCCACUAUCCGCGUAUACACCAGAUCAUGUAGACGCAAUUGCCAAUUAUCGAUUGAAUGGACGGCAAUUAUUUUGUAAUCGGAUUGCCUGUUUUUUACCUGAUUUUGGACAAGUUUGCUAUCGCGCGGUCUACGUGAACAGUGGGUCUUGAUAUAAUAUUAAUUUAUCACACCAUGUACAAUUAAGCACUAAGAUUUUUAAAAGACUGCCUAACGACCUAACGAAAAGCGUAUACUUAGGGAGCUUUUUCGCAUAAACGUGUUAAUAACAAGUUGGUAACUUCUAAUGGAUUUUAUUAUAAAAAAAUCAUCUGGCCUUUUGUCGACCCCCAGAGCUUUCAUCACAUAAAUGUCACUCUUAUUUUUACAAACUUCAUCCCUAAUAAGUUGUUUCUAUUCUGGUAACAACGUUGCAAAUUUACAAACAUAACAAAACGCAUAUAUAAUUCAUCACCAAUUAGUAAUAAAACAUUUACAAACACACUUUAUGUAAAACAAAUAUAAUAUAAUUAAUUGCAAA